AUGUCAAUCGAUCAAGAGAUCGACAAUAUUCGCAAGGCACUUGAAGAUGUUCAUCGGACGCUCUCUUAUGUGAACAAUGGUACAGAUGACGCGUUGCUAACUCUCAAUAAAACUCUUCAACAAUUCGAGGAUCGUUUAUUCAGUGUUGUUGAGGAUAUUACGGCAAUUGGGCAACAAGUUGUCACGGUUACAAAAGAGUUUCCCCAUUCAUAUGUCUACAUGUCACUUUUCUUGGUUUUAAUGCUUCUGCUUUGGUUAUUGAUCGUUUACAUGGGAUUCACCGCUCAUUCGCAUUAUAAAGAAGUUCGAAUUGUAAUGCGAAAGCUCCGAAAUGAGUACUAUCGAAAGAAAUAUGAUCCCGUCGAUCAACGCCGGGACAUUGAUGAUUUCUUUCCGGAAACACUCAUUGCCAUGGGUGAAUCGCCGCCACCUAGCUACGAGUCGAAAAUCUCGAGUGGAUACAGUGAGGAAAUGAAUGAGGAAAUAGCACCGAUGAUUGUUUCGGAUCAC